GCUGUCAAGUGUCGACUCAUUGGGGCAUCCCAAAAGUUCCCAUACCUAAAGCCAAAUCCCCGCAGAUCCGCCUAGGUGGUACGGAUAUAACACCACCGAACAACCUGUGUCCCCAAAGGCUUGAAGUUCCUGAUACCCCAGCCAGCUCUAUCAAAAUACCAACAAGAGGCGUUGACGAGUUCUAACACCACUUGCCACCGUGCUACAUCAACCAAGGCUCUUAGGCAUACGAAGUACCGCCGUCGUGAAUAGCACUUCGCAAUGUCUUCAAGUAAACCAUCAUCACUCGGGUGGUCCCACACCCCUACAACAGCAACGCUACUCUGGAUGGCCGUCUCCCUUCCCCUUGUGGCCUGGGACUCGGGCUACGUCCUGCUGCGACCGCAUUCUAUGCCGGGAGGGUCGCUGCACUGGCCGUUGUGGGUUCCCUAUAAACUGUACGGCGAGAUUGAUCACAUGUACGGCUUCAAGCAGUGGAACCUGCACAACGGCUUCACGGCGGCGCAGGGCAUCCUGAAUGUGGCUGAAACGGUGCUGUAUCUCGGCUACCUGGCGCUGUGGUACUUCAACGGGGAGUCACCGGUGCGCGGGGCCAGGAAGGCCGUCAGCGGCCGCGCCGGGGCGCUGGCUGUGUUGCUGGGAUUCAGUGGCGCCGUUAUGACGGUUAGCAAGACUGUUUUGUACUGGUUGAACGAAUACUUCUCUGACUUUGAUAACAUUGGGCACAACGAGCCGCUGGCUCUCAUCUUUCUGUGGAUUAUUCCAAACGGAGCUUGGCUUGUUUUCCCAUCGAUUCUGAUGGUGUAUAACAUGGGGCUAGAGAUUAUUGACGGCCUCGCGCAAGCCUCGCGGGUAUCGCCGCAAGUCAAGAAAAUCGAAUAGGCACGAACAGCCUUCGAUAAACUUCGAUGGGAAAUAAGAACUUGAGGGUCCAGUCGGGAACUCGACCAUGGAACGAACAGAAGAAUCAACCAAACAUCUUACCUUACCUCGCUGUGUUUCAACCCUUUGAUUUGUACGUCUAAUAGCCGGAUGUACUAAUGUAGUUCUCGAUGUAC